UUGGAUGUUCCUUCGAUUAGAUGCGAUGUGACAAUUAUUCAGGCUCCUUCGGUCACUCAGGAUGACGUGCUCCAAGCUGUUCCGGGUCACGAUGCACUCUUCCUCGCCAAUCAUGUAAACGUCAAUAGCUACUUUCUUGAUCGUAUAGUAGGGUCGUCUUUGAAAGUAAUCUCGACGAUGUCAGCCGGUUAUGAUUAUUUGGACGUGCCUGAAAUUAAACGGAGGGGCAUCCGGGUUGGUCACACGCCGAUGGUUCUUUCGUCUGCGGUCGCAGAAAUUGCGGUACUCUUGGCUUUAGCCACGGCUAGGCGAGCUCAUGAAGGACGCUUGAAAAUCGAACAGGGUCAAUGGGAAGUGCGAAACCAAUUUUUGCUCGGCUACGAAUUGCGAGGUUCCACAGUGGGCAUCAUCGGUCUAGGAAACAUCGGGCAGACCAUAGUUAAAAGAUUAAAAGGCUUCGAAGUAGCUCGUUUCCUAUACACGGGCCACUCUCGUAAGAAAGCAGGAGACGAGCUCGGAGCUGAUUUCGUAUCCCUCGACGAUCUUCUUACACAAAGCGAUUUCGUAAUUAUUGCCGCUCCCUUGACUAACGAGACUCGUGGCAUGUUCAACGAGAGUACUUUCAAUAAAAUGAAAAGUACUUCGAUUCUUGUAAACGUAGCUCGGGGACAAAUCGUCAAAACUGAUGAUUUGAUCAAAGCUUUGAAAAGUAAUAAGAUUUUCGCCGCUGGGCUUGAUGUCAUGGACCCGGAACCUUUGCCGGCUGAUCAUGAACUUCUUAAACUGCCAAACGCUGUGAUCAUCCCUCAUUUGGGCAGUGCUACCUUGAGAACGCGAUCGGACAUGUCUCUGACCGCUGCACAAAACAUUCUAAACGGACUCGAGGGCAAACCACUAGUCUACGAGUUAUAAAAGUUCUCGUUGAAAGUAAAUAAAGUCAUAUAUUUCUAGUAUAUUUAAGAUACAUAUAUAUAUAUAUGUUUUUAUA